CCAUCCAUCCGGUGCGAGGCACCACCCACCCACCCACGCAAAAUUACCCCACGCGGACACGCGAAACCCCACCCCUUCCAUCUGCCAAGAUCCCGCGAAACCCGCCGCUCCCCGCGCCGCCGCCCGCCGGCCGGCAAUCCCACCACAGCCCAGUCCCAGAUUCCCAGCAUCCCCGCGCCUCGAUUCGAGCUCGGGACUCGCGAGGAGCCCGCGGGAUUCGAGCACGAUUGAUUUCCCUUGGGGGAAGCCGGAUGAUGGUGGGGUUCAUGGGGAAGAGGAAGGAGCUGGACCAGGUGGUGGACGGCCUCUCCGACUUCUCCCUCUCCGGCCCCGCCGCCAAGAGCCGCAGAUUGGAUAUUGGGCUUCCACCUAUUAUGGAAGAAGAGACGCCAGGUCCUUCCAUGCCAUUUGGACAUGAGAUGCUAGGAGAGGAAAUCCACAGUGUUGUUAGCAUGCCCAUUAUAGAAGACAUGCUGGGAGGUGCCAUGGAAUCUCAUCCAUCAAGUGAGGACAAGGCACUUGUUUUAUACAAGUCAGUAGAUAACACUGCAUGCAUUGGUCCUGGGACCUCGAACCCUUCAAUCAUAAUCAGUCCAGACUUGAUACGUAGUCUAAAGAAUCAGGCUUUUAUGCAAAGGAACUUUCACGGGCUGGAGGACAAAUCUCCUGGGUGCAGCAACUUCUUGGCUUUAGUUCCUUGGACACCACCACAAAUUGCCACGGUAUCUAAUUGGUCUGCUUCAGAUUCAGAAAAGAGAGAAUUCUUCGAAGUGCCAAUGGAGUCUGAUGAGACAGAAGUCGAUUCUAUGGACGUUGAGGAAUCUCCGGAAGCAAAUGUCGCAGCAAUCGAUGGCGAAAGCCUUCACCAGUGGCAACAACACUGCAUGACCCCAUCGUCGCUACCAAACCCUUCAGCACCUGUUAUGUGGUCAAGGUGACGGUCAGAUGUCAUUGUUGUGAAUUGACUGCUGCUGUUUACUUACAGGAAGGAUGAAGAAAUCCUCCAGUUAGUUAGCAUCCACGACUAGUACCUCAAAUGGCUGCCAUGUGGUGCAUAGUGCUGAUCAUUAGAUCAAUUGGUAAAAUGAUUGUUAUGUGCAUAGUAGCUCCCUCUAGCAUAGUGCUGAUCUUGCCCAUUCAGUGUUUCAGUGUACACCUAGAAAUAGUCCUGAUCUUGCCCAUUAUUAGUGUUUUAGUAGAGAGUGUACACUGUUGUUGUUACAAAAAACACAAGCCUGUAUGUUGGCAUCCAAUUAAUUUAUCUAGCAUUUUGGAUUUACCACCUCAA